AAAAAAGCCAAAGGAGAAGAACUGUUUGAGCAGAUCAUGUACCUUCUGGACAUCGUGGAGAAAGACUACUUUGGACUGCGUUUUAUGGAUUCGGCACAAGUUCCGCACUGGCUCGACGUCACAAAAAGCAUCAAAAAGCAAGUCAAAAUUGGCCCACCGUACUGCCUUCACAUGAGAGUCAAGUUUUACUCUUCAGAACCGAACAACCUGCACGAGGAACUCACCAGAUAUCUGUUUGUUUUGCAGUUAAAGCAAGACCUCUUCAGUGGCAAGCUGGAAUGUCCRUUUGACACUGCGGUGCAGCUGGCCGCCUUCUCGUUACAGGCUGAAUUAGGUGAUUGUGACCCACUAGAACACAACCUGGACCUGGUGUCAGAGUUUCGGUUCAUCCCUGAGCAGACGGAGGAGAUGGAGCUCGCUAUAUAUACCACAUGGAAGGAGUGCAGAGGCCAGACUCCAGCACAAGCUGAGAUUAACUACCUGAAUAAAGCCAAGUGGUUAGAGAUGUAUGGGGUGGACAUGCACAUGGUGAAGGCUAGAGAUGGCAAUGAGUACAGUCUGGGUUUGACACCCACUGGAGUUCUGGUAUUUGAAGGACAAACAAAGAUCGGACUUUUCUUCUGGCCCAAGAUUACCCGUCUGGAUUUCAAGAAGAGCAAGUUGACCCUCGUGGUGGAGGAAGAUGAUGAGCAGGGCAAAGAGCAGGAGCACACCUUUGUGUUCAGGAUGGACCACCCCAAAGCCUGUAAACACCUCUGGAAGUGUGCAGUGGAACACCACGCUUUUUUUAGGUUGAGGGGGCCGGUACAGAAAAACUCUGCGCGCUCGGGAUUCAUACGCAUGGGAUCACGCUUCAGAUACAGUGGAAAGACGGAGUAUCAAACAACGAAGGCCAGUAAAGCGAGGCGGUCAACAUCCUUUGAGAGGAGACCAAGUCGACGCUACUCCAGAAGAACCAUGCAGAGCCGAGGACAGUUCAGCACUCCAGAGGUUCGUUCUUCAGGAAACGGAGUUGGCUUCAAUAAAGAAAACAAGGUKUCUUUAAAUAAAGGGGCCUGGUCCGGCAUCCCUGUGGUCAGUCCAGUUGUGUCUUCAGCCUGUGGACCAAUGGAAAUCGAGGCUCUACCCAGGAGUCCAGGAGGAGAAAAAAGAGGUCUGCCUGUUGUUGCCGACCUGAUGGAGACGUGCAUCGAUGACGUCCUCAGAGCUCCAGUCGUUCCUCCGGCGGCGGCUGCAGAGGAGAUCGGACCGUGCGCUUCUUACGUUGCUGCUAGUGUUACUGCGGAAGAUCCCGUCAGUCUCACUGAAGCUGCAGCUCGUCUGAAGCAGCUCGAGUUGGAAAGCAAUCUACUUCCCACGACUCCGAGAAACAACAUCAAUGUAAAUAUGGYCAUGAACAACCAGGACGACGUGGUGAAGCUCACAGAGAAGUGCAGCCUGAACAGUUCAGGCAGCAGCCCGGCCGUCACUCCACUGCGCACCCCGGAGGAUCUGAAGAGCAACAUCCUGAAAGCUCAGGCCGAGGCUGCUGCUCUGAAGGUGGGGAGGAGAUGCCACCAAAAGCACGGAGGAGGACAUUUGGAUGAACAUCUUCUGAUAUCUGGAGAUAAAAACUGUAACUUGCAGGAAUCUUCUGCCAGCAGCCGCCCCGACGUCCAAGACUCCUGGGAGCUGAUGAAGCCGGCCUCGCUGGUCUCCUCUGCAGCAGCCAGUGCUGAGAGGUUAGCUGAGGAUUCAAACCCAUCUUUUUCCAAGAUCCCUGCUGCCACUGAAGGCUUGGCUCCAAAGGUUAAAGCAGAAGAGUUUGACCUGCCGAUCACUGCACCACCGUCUGACAACCUGAUUGACUUCACUGAUCCUACUCCUCUUCUUCCUCCUCCGGUGCAGCAGCUCAAACCUCUCCUCACGCCUCGCUGGAUCAUCCCUUCCAGCGCUCCUCCUGGCAUCUUUACCAACGGCCUGCUCGACGUAGACCCCUCAAAUAAAGUGACCCCUCUUCUGGGCGAGGGAGUAGCUGCUCUCAUCCCGACCCCUCCCCACCUCGCUCACACACGUAACGCCAUCCCCACCAGCGCUGUGGUUCAGGCCCCGCCUUCGGAGGAUGAACACAAACCCCCGGGUCUUCUGACCACUGAGCUCUGAUGAAGGAGAACCAUCCUCAUCAUCACAAAACUCAUCUUCCUGUCUGCUCGCACUCGGAGAAACGGAAGAGGCAGCUUCCAAGUGA